AUGAAUGACGGCGAAUUCAUCGUUGCGGGCACGCUGGAUACGUUGUCCGACCGAACGGACCGUCUGCAAGGACGCGUCGGCGAGGCGACACACCCGCGGAGGACUCUGAAGACGUGUCUAGAGGAGUUGCAACAGAUUCUGGAUACCGUGUACCGGCAGAGGCUGCAUAUUGGGGAACCCUUACUUCUGGUGAUUCGCCGGUUCAUCAAGGAACAGCAACAAUUGCGGGAAGAUGUCCUGCCCGUCACUUGUGGUCGCGAUGGGGACCGCUCGGCAAGGGGCGAGAUCCUCGCAGUCUACGAUUCUGCAAUGGCACUUCUGGACAGGCUGCGCGUGUUACAAGGGCUGUUCGAUAGGGUGAACGAUGCUGAGCAGCUCCCGAGUGCCGCGUGCACAGCUCCACUGGCGGAGAUGCACGCACAGCUACUCGAACAGUCACGCAGCCACGCGGCAUUGCUCGUCCGCAGUCUGCUCGUGGUGCAGAAGCACAUCCGGCACAACUGCCGUUACAACGAACUGCUCCUGGGACUUGCUCAGACUACUACUACCGCUAUUGGUACCACUACCUCUAGUAGUAGUGACGAUACGCUGUAA